CACUUCGUCGUCGCAACCCAAUUUUCCACCGUCUCUGCUAACAAUGGACGGUGAAGAAGAAGAUGAACAAGUGAUAGCUGAAGAAGUUGAAGCCAUGAAAUCCGUUUAUGAAAACGAUUGUACCAUUCUCAAUUCCAUUCCUCCUCACUUCCAUUUAUCCCUCAAACCCAGAACCGCUGAUGUUUCUUCUCACCAGUUUGUAGAAAUUGUUCUUGAGGUACAUGCAACUCCACAGUAUCCAAAAGAACCUCCUUCUGUUGCUAUUGUGGAUUGCAAGGGUUUGGAUCAACAUAGACAAAAGCAUUUAUUGAAUCAUAUUCAAACUAAAGCCAACGAGCUUUCCCCUGGAUUAAUGCUCGUAGCUCUUUGUGAGGAAGCUGUAGAGAAACUCUCAGAUAUGAAUCAUCCUGAUGGUGAUUGUCCAUUGUGCUUAUUCCCAUUGGUGACAGAAGAACACAAAAGUGAAACCUUGCCUUUUAUGAAGUUAAUGUCUUGCUUUCACUGUUUUCACAGAUGGUGGAAUUGGCUUGAGAGUUCUAAACAAACAGGGUCUUCCAAAUCAGAUAAUGCAACGGCUCGUCGUAACAGGGCUGUAGUGUUGGCUGGCGGUGGUCACUCUGCUAAUGGUUAUGUGGCCCAAGGCUCCCAAUCUGAAGGGGAUUCUAACAACAUAACUAUGAGUCUGCUUUUUAAUGAAAAUCUGUUGCAGAUAUUUGUUGGAGGGCUUGAUUCUGAAAUCAGCGAUGAGGAUCUCAGACAACCGUUUUUGCAAUAUGGCGAUGUUGUCUCCGUGAAAAUUCCAAUCGGUAAAGGAUGUGGCUUUGUUCAACUUGCUGACAGAAAGAAUGCUGAGGAAGCUAUUCAGGGAUUGAAUGGAACAGUGAUCGGGAAGCAGACCGUGCGUCUUUCUUGGGGUCGCAGUCCGGGAAAUAAGCAUUGGAGGAAUAAUGAUUCGAAUGGAAACCAUUAUGGCGGGCAAGGUUACGGUGGUCACGGAUACGGAGGCCAUGGAUAUGCUGCUAGACAGAAUCAGGAUAUAGCGAUGCAACAACCUGCAGCUGCAAUUCAAGGGGCUUCGUAACGGCCAUAGCGCGUUGC